AUGCACCGCCACCUGCUGCGCUCGCUACACACAUUCCCGUACCUGUUCGCGGCGCGGGCGCUUGUGCGCGAGCUCGCGGUGCCGCUGCGCGCUGGUGCUCACGUGCCGCCGUCGCCGCUCCGACACCACCACCUGCUGCGCUCGCUACACACAUUCCCGUACCUGUUCGCGGCGCGGGUACUUGUGCGCGAACUCGCGGUGCCGCUGCGCGCUGGUGCUCACGUGCCGCCGUCGCCGCUCCGACACCACCACCUGCUGCGCUCGCUACACACAUUCCCGUACCUGUUCGCGGCGCGGGUACUUGUGCGCGAGCUCGCGGUGCCGCUGCGCGCUGGUGCUCACGUGCCGCCGUCGCCGCUCCGACACCACCACCUGCUGCGCUCGCUACACACAUUCCCGUACCUGUUCGCGGCGCGGGUACUUGUGCGCGAGCUCGCGGUGCCGCUGCGCGCUGGUGCUCACGUGCCGCCGUCGCCGCUCCGACACCACCACCUGCUGCGCUCGCUACACACAUUACCGUACCUGUUCGCGGCGCGGGUACUGUGCGCGAGCUCGCGGUGCCGCUUGUGCGCUGGUGCUCACGUGCCGCCGCCGCCGCUCCGACACCACCACCUGCUGCGCUCGCUACACACAUUACCGUACCUGUUCGCGGCGCGGGUACUUGUGCGCGAGCUCGCGGUGCCGCUGUGCGCUGGUGCUCACGUGCCGCCGUCGCCGCUCCGACACCACCACCUGCUGCGCUCGCUACACACAUUACCGUACCUGUUCGCGGCGCGGGCAUGCGUGCGCGAGCUCGCGGUGCCGCUGUGCGCUGGUGCUCACGUGCCGCCGUCGCCGCUCCGACACCACCACCUGCUGCGCUCGCUACACACAUUACCGUACCUAUUCGCGGCGCGGGUACUUGUGCGCGAGCUCGCGGUGCCGCUGCGCGCUGGUGCUCACGUGCCGCCGUCGCCGCUCCGACACCACCACCUGCUGCGCUCGCUACACACAUUCCCGUACCUGUUCGCGGCGCGGGUACUUGUGCGCGAGCUCGCGGUGCCGCUGCGCGCUGGUGCUCACGUGCCGCCGUCGCCGCUCCGACACCACCACCUGCUGCGCUCGCUACACACAUUACCGUACCUAUUCGCGGCGCGGGUACCGUGCGCGAGCUCGCGGUGCCGCUGCGCGCUGGUGCUCACGUGCCGCCGUCGCCGCUCCGACACCACCACCUGCUGCGCUCGCUACACACAUUACCGUACCUGUUCGCGGCGCGGGUACUUGUGCGCGAGCUCGCGGUGCCGCUGUGCGCUGGUGCUCACGUGCCGCCGUCGCCGCUCCGACACCACCACCUGCUACGCUCGCUACACACAUUCCCGUACCUGUUCGUGGCGCGGGUACUUGUGCGCGAGCUCGCGGUGCCGCUGCGCGCUGGUGCUCACGUACCGCCGUCGCCGCUCCGACACCACCACCUGCUGCGCUCGCUACACACAUUCCCGUACCUGUUCGCGGCGCGGGUACUUGUGCGCGAGCUCGCGGUGCCGCUGCGCGCUGGUGCUCACGUGCCGCCGCUGCCGCUCCGACACCGCCACCUCCUGCGCACGCAACCCACAUUACUCAUCAUUUUACCUACACUACACCUACAUUCAGAGGCGAAUUAACAGCUUCCAUGUCCGCAAGAUAGACGCAAUAGUUGAACAACCCAAAUGUUCAUAUACGAGGGGAGGUCAAAAGUUCGCGAAAUGA